AUGAUACACCCCACGGACGACCUGCGCGAGGUGCUGGAGCGGGGCGCGCGCUGGAACGCGCUGCUGACCUCGCGCCUCGUCACCGACGAGGACCUGCAGGCCAUCCAGCGCUACGAGCUUCGCGACGAGGACGCGCGCGCUGACAUGAUGGACGAGGAGGGAGACGCGUGCGCUCGAGCGUUCCUCAACGUCCUCGGCGACGUGUCGCAGACCGAGUACGUCCAGUACGUCCUCGCGCUCGUCGCGCGGAUGCUAUCGGAUGACAAGACCCGCGCGGCGCACUUCCUCGCCGUCGAGAAGAAGGACGACGACGACAAGGGGCAGGGCGGCGGCGGCGGCGGCGGCGGCGGCGAAGCUUACGCCGUGUUCCUUCGGCUGCUCGCCGCGCCCGACUGGUUCACCCGCGAGAAGGCGAUGUUCUGCCUGACGCGGCUCAUCGAUCAGCGACCGGCGCGGGACAAGGGGCUUCGGUUCUCCGAGGACGGCGAGCCCGCGACUCCCGCGGGCGUCGCGGCUGUUCGACUGUCGCGUUGGCUGUGCCAGGAGCUCUCGGCGGACCCGCCGUUCCACCCGCAGCGCGCGGUCCCGUCGUGCGUCACCGCGCUCGCGUCGCUCCUCUCCAUCCGCGAGGUCCGCCCCGUCGCGACGCGCGCGGGGGCGGCGCGGGCCAUCGCCCCGCUCCUCAAGGUUGCCGCCGGGCCGCACAACGUGCAGGAGCUGUACGAGGCGGGUCUGUGCGCGUGGCUGCUCACGUUCCACCCGCCCGCGUGCGACGCGAUGGCGCGGUGCGGGGUGAUCCGGGGCUUGAUGGAGGUGGCGGGCGCGGCGGCGAAGGAGAAGGUUGUCAGGGUCGCGACGCUCGCGCUGAGAAACCUGGCGUCGGCGACGGGGGCUCGGGAGACCCGGGGCGAGGAGGAGGCGGAGGCGGGUUCAGACGGGACGCGGACCGCGGGCGACGGCGGCGGUGGCGGCGUCGUCGGCGUGAGCGGCGUCGUCGGCGUGAGCCUCGUGGCGCAGGAGUCGGCGCUUCGAAAGCUGGUUCAGAACUUGAGGCUUCGGGACUUUCACGACGAGGAGCUCCUCGCCGCGCUCGCCGACCUCGAGGACGGAGUGUUGGCCAGGCGCAAGGAGGCGAGCUCGUGGGAUCGGUACAGGGCGGAGGUCACGUCCGGUGCGCUGGACUGGACCGCCGCGCACAUCGACGAGGGCUUUUGGCGCGAGAACGCGUCCAAGCUGACGGAUAACAACUGCCAGCUCCUCAGGAUGCUCGUCGCCGCCGCGAGCGACCCGGGCGCCGAGCCCCGGACGCUCGCGGUGGUUUGUCACGAUCUCGGCGAGUUCGCCACGCACUAUCCCGCGGGCAGGUUCCUGGUGCAGGACCUCAAGGGUAAGGAUUGCGCGAUGCGGCUGUUGGCGCACGCGGACGACGAGGUUCGCAAGCAGGCGCUGCUUUGCACGCAGAAGCUGCUCGUGCAAAAGUGGCAGUUUCUGGGCGGCGAGGUUUCGAGCGCGUGAAACCCGAUCGAGGACGAAACGGCCGCGUGAAGAACGCCCAUCUGUAAUACACGACGUCUAGGCAACGCGUACUCGUGUGCACGCCGUAAUAAUAGAGCUAACAUGCCGCG